CGUUUUGUGUUAUUGAAAUGGGCUGUUUUAUGAAUAACGAUAUGUGGACGGAUGGAGAUAAAAAGUUCUUACAAGUACUUGUACAACAUAAAGUAAUAUCUGAAGAUGAUUUGUUGAAUGAAUUGAAUAAAUGGGUAUUACAAAGAGGAGAAAAAGGGGUCACGAGGAAUGAACUGAAAGAAUAUUUUACUUGUCGAGUUGCCAAAUAUAAGGAAAAGUUGGAAGUAUUAGGGUUAACACUGAAUAGCAUAUGGGUACAAGAAGAGGAUACUUUUUAUUGGUCGAUAGUCAACACACAAGAUGAUAUGGUUGCACAAAAGAUGAACAAGUAUAGUGACACGGAUAUCGUUGUAUUGAGAACGGUGGUGGAUUCCUUUUUAGAAAAGGAAGAAAACCCAACUGAAGAACAAUUAGACAAGCGUGAGUUGCUUUCGUUGUUGGAUAGAAAGUUGAAGCCUAUGGAAGUGGAUAGUGCUUUGGACAAGUUGACCAAAGACCAAUGGCUUUGGUUAAAAACUGAUUCCAAGUCACAUCGUGUCCAUAUACGAUUAUCUCCACGUACCAUUUUGGAACUUCCACAUGUGUUUCAUUGGUAUUUAUCACAUAAAGACAGCAUAAACUAAAGCAUCUUUUACAAACCCACAAAAAAAUGGACGUUUU